GAAAAACUGUAAGACCCAGAGUCCUUUGCUGCCAUCUCCUCCCUAUCCUGGCCUGGGAGGAGCUUUGACGGCUGCUGGAGGCAGGGGGAAUUGUAGCGCGUUAGUGAUUGUAGUGGAAGCUGCUAAAGCUGCUGGAGGGGGAGUUUCCCGGUGUGGGAUUCAGUUUGCAUCCCAGACAGACGGCACACAGUAAUCAGGAUCCCCCGCAGCAGGGUUACAGGAUAAGCUGCACCAUCCCAGGGAGCAUCUGUCACACCUGAUGUAAGAAGAUCUCGUGUCCUUGCUGGCCGGCUGGCACACUGGCACAGGAUGGUCAUAAAGGUGUUUUUAGCCUCUUCCUCCAGCUCUGUGACUAAAUGAGAGUUGACAUGAGCACCGGAAACCCAUACUCUAGAAAUGAAGAGAGUAACAAGCAUUUUGGGGAGAGCCCAGAACCCCCAAGAGAAACGAGCAGCACACAAACGUACAUUGCUAAAAAAGGAGGGCACAGCAAAGUGAAGGAAAAUGUAGAUCUUGAAAUAGGUGUUCAUGGAAGAACAACAAGCAGCCACGAUCUUAACCAAAGCAGGAGCUCGGAUUGUGAUAAAAAUAGUGAUUCAUAUUAUUCUGAUGAUUAUGAUAGUGCAACAUAUGGGUCUGACCAGUCUCAAACACCAACCACUAAGUCAAGAUCUCCUUAUGCCAAAAAAGUGGUCCAUAAAAUCAGAUCAGUUACACCUAUAAAGAACCAUGGUUUAAAAAAGGUUGGGUCUAAGUUUCCAUCAAAUAAAAAAGACGGAAAAUGGGGGAUUCACUCACAGAGCCUUAACAAGGAGUCUCCUUCAAAGGACAUAGAUCUUGUUACCAAAAGAGUUCUGUCUGCUAGACUAUUGAAAAUAAAUGAGCUACGAAAUGAGUUGACUGAGCACCAGGCCAAAGUUAUGGAGCUUCAAAAUGAAAAUAAAAUUCUAAAAAGAUUGCAGUUUAGGCAAGAGAAAGCACUGACAAAGUUUGAGGACACAGAGAAUGAAAUUUCACAGCUUAUAUCCCGACACAACAAUGAGAUUCGAACACUUAGAGAUCGCUUACGGAAAUCCCAGGAGAGGGAACGAAAUACAGAAAAGAGACUUAAGGAUGCUGAAGAGGAGCUGUACAGGACAAACAACACCUUAAAGAAGUUAAAACAGCUUUCUGAAAACAGAAACCUGGCUGAGCGUGAAGAGCUAACUAAAAAACUAGAUGUUAUAGAAGGCAAACUGGAUGAACGGGAGAGAAGGGUCAAGGACUUGGAAAAAAAUUUAGAACUGACACAAAGCAGUUUUCAGAGGCAAUUGCUUUCAGAAAAGAAGAAAGCUCAUGAUGCACAGGAAGAAAAUAAGACAUUCCAAGAAGAGCUCCAAAGGCUUACACUAAAACUAAAGGAAAAGGAACGGGAGCUUCAUGCAAAAAAUAUAUAUGCUUAUCGCUUAUCAAAGCCGUUGCCAAAGAAAGAUGCAGAAAUUACACCAAGAAGGAAAGGGACAAGUCAGAACACAAACAUAGGUGUCCAAACAAAUGAGACUGCCUUACAGAUGGAGCCUUUCCCUCCUCCACCACCUCCAGCAGAUUUAUUAGAGGCAAUGAAUGAGGAGACGCUUAGAGAGGAACAGAAACAUCUCAAGAAACUGUUAAAGGAAGAAGAAAAAUGUAAAACAGAAAAGGAGAGAGCAGCGCAAAAAAUGGAACAAGAGCAAAACGAUAAAGAACUAAAGAUUUUAGAAGACAAAGCACAAAAGCUACGUAAAGAAUGGGAAAAAGAUGAAUCUGAGAGACAGAAAACUAAACUUGAAAAAGAGACUACAGAAGAAGAAAGAUUUAAAAAAGAACUCUUGCUUGCAAAGAUGGUUGAAAUUGAUAGGGAAAAUGAAGGUACAGUGUACUUUGAUACUUCUAAGGGUCCUUCUCAAGCAUCUUUGGAUUCAUCUUUAAAAAUACAUACACCAGAGACAAAAUUUAAAAGCUACAAUUUCUCUGACCAGAAAAUGCUCAAUGGGCCUCCUGUCCAUGAAACCACGUCAACAUUAGAGGCGCAAAGCCACAUAAAAUAUCGAGGUGAUCCAAAGGUUGACAUUUCAUUUGGCAGCUAUGCACCAUCCUUUGGAAAAGGUAGAUCGAGUGGGCCUGUUCUCAGUAAUGAGGCUUUAGAUGAAACAAUCAUAAGCACUGCCAAACUAAGUAUACAAAAAGAUAGAAAGUCUAAUUUGAUGGAACAGCUUUUCGGCAGUAGUUCGAGCACAACACUUCCCACUAUUUCUAAACACGGUGACUGCAAAGUGAGCCAUGAUUCAAGCAGUACCCUACCAUGGGAGAAAAGCAGUGAGAUGAAAGUGAAAAAAGAUAUUUUCUCUGGAGAAGAAAAAACUGGCAGCUCUAACCGACACCGUUCUCUGCACCCAACAGGAAGGCCUGUAGUAAAAGCUGUUGGCUCUUUUGAGGAUGAAAUUGAAGAAGUUGUGUUGCAUUAAACUUUUAAUACUUCAUUUUAAUUUUGUACAUUAAAAGACAAGGCAACCCUGUUAAAGAAUUGGUGUAAUAAAAUUAGCAUAUCUAUA